CAUCUCCCUUUCACCUCCCCUCUGCGCGUUAGCCAUGGAGACGCGCAGGAAGCGGCUUCUCCCCAUCCUCCUGGCCCUUGUCGCCACUGCGGUCGCCCCGUCCGCCGCUGCCGGUGACGAGAGGGAGGUGGUGGAGGUGUCCGGCGCUCCGGACGGGGUGGUGUGGGCGGUCCAGCUCUCGGAUCUCCACUUCAGCGUCCACCACCCGGAGCGCGCCUACGACUUCCGGCGGUAUGUCGGCCCGGCGCUCGCCAUGGUCAACCCUUCCCUCGUCCUUAUCACCGGAGACCUGACUGAUGGAAAAAGCAAAGAUCUGUUAACAAUGAAGCAAAACGAGGUGGAAUGGAUGGAAUACAAAAGUACAAUCAAGGAUAUCAUUGAAACCAGCCAGCUUCCAAGAAGAAUUUUCUAUGAUCUGAGAGGAAACCAUGAUAGCUUUGGUGUACCAACAUCUGGUGGGGUCUAUGACUUCUAUCAGAAGUAUAGCAUCAAUGCCAAUUUAAGACGGAAGGGGCGUGUGCAAAGCAUUACGUUGGAGAAUAGUGGUCGGAAGCAUCUAUUUGUUGGCUUUGAUACCACAAUGGAGAUUGGUCUCAGAGGCCCGACAAAUGUAUUUGGGCAUCCAACUGAUGAGCAGCUUAUAGAAUUGGAUCAAGCAUUGUCGCAGUGGGACACGGACUUCAACAAGGCUCCAGUGACAAAAAUUGUAUUUGGGCACUUCCCGAUGUCUUUCUCAGCGUUAACAGAGUCAGGUAAAAGUAUGAAGGAUGUUUUUCUAAAGCACUCAUUGGCAGCAUACUUGUGUGGGCAUCUUCAUACAAGGUUUGGGAAGAAUUUGAAAUGCUACUAUCGUAGAACAGUUCAGGAACCGUCAUUAUCAGAACAUUAUUACCAAUUUAACAUGCAACAAGGUUAUGCAAUCCAGAGUAAUAAAGAAAACUGUUCCGAAGAAGCAGCUCAUAUUGAAGAGUUCUGGGAGUGGGAGAUGGGUGAUUGGAGGAAGAGCAGAACUAUGAGGAUAUUAGCAAUUGAUGAUGGUUAUAUCUCCUAUACUGAUAUAGAUUUCAGAUUAGGCUCAAAGAGCAUAAUUGUACUACCUACCUUUCCUGUUGAUUCAAGAUUCAUGCAGAGAGCUUCUGCUUCUCGCGAUUUCAAAUGUCACAUCAUGGGGCCGACAACUUUUGAUACAGUGAGGGCUCUUGUAUUCUCUAAACACGAGAUAGUAUCUGUUUCAGUAAAGAUAUAUGACUCAAGACCAGGAACUCUUGAAGUAGUCUUUGACUCCGAAAUGAAAAGGGUGGAUUCCAAUGAAACUAGAGGACACAUGUAUUUAGUUCCAUGGAACUGGAGGGCAUUUGAAGAUCCCUCUCCCAACCGAUAUUGGCUCCAAAUUGAAGUGAUGGAUAUAACAGGUGACACUAGUGUCAGCCAGUUGAGGCCAUUCUCUGUAAAUGGCUUGGCUGCAAGAGUCAGCUGGACAUGGAAGGAGUUUUUUGUGAUGGGUAUUCAGUGGGCUUCAAUAUAUCAUCCUGCACUCUGGUGUUUUUUCUCUCUGAUUUUUUCAUUGCUUCUUGUACCGCAAGUUUCAGCUAUGGUAUUUAAAGAUCAGUUCACAUAUAAGUAUCUGUGCUCAAACGGUAAUCAGCAGACAUUGUUGAAGUAUCUAGUUGGUGGUUUCAUCUGGCUCUUUGUUGAACUGGCUAGGGUGGUUCUUGUAUGGUUUUUGCUCUUGGUGUAUAUUAUCUAUUUAGUUGUCUUCCCUUGGCUGUUUGGUCACCCUAUUACUGAGGAUGGUAACCUGACAUACAUGACAUAUAAAAGCUGGAUUCUUAAAAGACUCAAUAGUGGCAACGAAGUAGUCCAUGCUGGAACUCCAGAUGUCAUGGUCAUUGUUCUACCUCACCUAUGUUUUGUGUUAUUACCCACAAUUGUGAUUUUAGCUGCCAUGGCUGCUGAGAGAACAGCGUAUCGAGAGCAUUAUCUUUUGCGGUCAGGAAAAAAGAAAGAUGAUUACUACCAAAAGAGCAGGAGACAAAUAGAACAUGAAUUUUUUUGGAAUGGUCGCUGGAUUAGGAAAUUUCUCUGUCUUCUCUGCCUGGUGGUUCUAUGGAAACAUUGGAAGCAUUGCAGAGCUCUUGUGAAGGCUUAUACAAUGAAUCCUUUGCUCCAUUCGCCAGUACAUUUCUUCUUCAUUCCUGCACUCAUAGUGUUUGCCAUCUACAAGACAUCGUCCAUUUAGCAGUUUGGGAGCUCCGAAGGUGCUCUGUACUAAAUUGUCCUACAAAUGGAUGAUACCAUGGUGUACCAGAUUGCCCGUUGGAGCAUCACAAAUCGAGCAUCUAUCUAUGUAGACUAUAACUCACAACUGAAGGAGUGUGCUACCUCUAUUUUUUCUCUUUUUCGGAGAGCUGUUUUGUUAGAUUGUCUAACAUAUAUAAAGAUGUUGUCAGCAUUGUGCAGCACAUAAUUGAGAGACUACGGCAUUUCGCUCGGAUGGACAGUUAUGACUGAGCCAAGUGAAAGAAAGAACUUUUUUGUUUCUUCAUCUUUUGCAGCUGGUACAAUGAGAGCUGCCCACGCAACAUGGUACUAUAAAAGUGGAUUCCUGCUUCGCCGGAGCACGUGAAGAUCGCACACUCUCAAAAGAGAAGAGGACCCCAGUUCUUCGCAUUUGCAGUCUGCUUGGGAGGUUCACUCGUGUGCCAGUUCCGUUCAUAACGUGCGUGCUGUGCAGACAUGCCAGAUCUCUGCUGUUCUUGGUAGCAAUUGCUUGAGGUUUUGCGUCCUGCCAACCAUUCUUUGCAACUUUCUGUGCUUGGUACUAUCGAUCGCUUGGCGGUUGGCACUA